AUGGACGAUGAAGAGUGGGAGCAUCUUGUUCAGGACUCCAACAUUGAACUUAUGUGGGCAAUGUGGACCCAAGAAGCGGAUUUUUUUCUCCGGCACACAGGCCUUCUGCGAGACGCUACUCAUGGAACUCGCUCUUUUGGAACUAUGCCUCAGCUGACCUGUGCUCCUAGCAAAAGGGGGCCCUAUCAAGGUCACCGGGAACGACAAUUGCGCCGAUGCGUUCGGUCCAUUCAAGAGAUCCUCACCAUCUCUCGCCAUGGUCGUGCACCUCCAGACACUCUUCUGAAGCGGGUCCAGCACCGAUGCAGGCAAUUCGGAGUGGACACUACACAAAACCAAUGGGCACACACUCACGCUCAAAUCUUGAAGAUGUUGGAUGACGAAGUGCGCAGAGUCGAACAAGCUGCAAUUCGCAACUGGCGUGGAAGAAUGAAGGACAAUCCCUACAAGUGGGUGGCUCAGGAAGCUGCCACUCCGUGGUUGUUGGAAAAGACAAAUGGGGAAAUCGUUUCAGGUCUCCCCGCUGGUGCCGAAAGUCUUCGGCAAACAUGGGCAGAUAUUUUUGGAAGCGGAGAAGCGAAGGCCAAUGUGGAAGCAUACUUCACCGAGUACCAAAGUUUCUUGGCUCCUUCUCAAUCUAUGCAAAUUGCUCCUCUCACCCCGCAGCUGCUCCGCAAAGCUAAUCACAAGAUGAUCGGAAAAGCGGCGGGGAUGGACGGAUGGACGGCCAAGGCUCUUCACUUUCUUCCUGACAAGUUAUGGGCAAGAUUGUGUAGCGUCCUCCAGGCGGUUGAAGCCACACACACGUGGCCUCGAAGCAUGUAUCAAUGGCGCAUUUGCUUUUUGCCUAAAGGGAAAGACACCAUCACAACGGUGCAAUCUACACGCCCGAUUGCCAUUGGGUCCAUCAUGUACAGGGCUUGGGCAAGGUGCAGAGCAAAACAGGUGACGGAGGCGUUCACCACUAGCCCUCUCGCGACCAUGCAGAGUGGUGGUACGGGCAUUGAUUGCGAACCGCUGUUGCUGGAAUUUCUUCAGAACGAGACCACCAACUACCCAUUUGGUUUAUCUCUGGACUAUGCGAAAGCCUUCGACAGCACGGAUGGGAACUUGGCUAUCGCAGACCCCAUCACCGACACCUGGUCUCUUCCUCAAGGUGACCCAUGGAGUCCACUGGGGUUGGCCGCUGUGCUCAGCGGUCCUGCUAGGAAGGUUGAACACCAGUGCCCCUCCAUCAAGGCUUGUACCUAUUUGGACGACCGUUCAGUUCGCACCCAAACUCUGGAAGACUUGACGAACUUUGUCCAGCAGUGGAGGCCCCUGGAAUCCAUUACUAGACUCAGGACGAAUGAAUCUAAAACUCAAGUAUGGGGAGAUUCGGCUGAGGCCAUGGAACAACUUUGCAACAAUGGCUUCAAUGCGCGCAUUGCGGGGGAGAUCCUGGGAGUUGGGGUUGGUAAGUUGAGGGUUGAUCCGGUCCCUAGAGAAGAGAAACGCUUCGCCGCCAUGUCGCGUUUGUCCCAGCGCAUCUCUAUUCUCCCGGUCAAAGUCUCUCUUCGUCGGCAAGUCGCGAUCGCUCUGUUGUCGUCUCGGGCUCUUUGGGGUGUCUUGAUCUCCGGGCGCAGUCACACCAAGUCUGAAUUGGCGCAAUACAAAGUUGCCUUCAGUCGGGCGGUUCGGGGCAGUUGGGUGCGGGGGGGCCGCCAUUCGGUUCAACUGUACAACGUCUUUGGGUUUGGUCAUUGGGUCGAUCUCUCUCUGUCGUCGAUUCUUCGAUGUCUUUCUGCGGUCCGUCGGUGGGUGCUGUGGAGGCGUCGUAUUGGUAGUUCUGAUCCGUGUCUUGCGUGGCUCCGCCCUGUCAUGUUGGCGCGCGGUUGGGUCAACGACGCUCCUUUGGUCUGGUCUCAUGCUGAGUACGGUAGUCUCUCCCUGGUCAAUCCUGAUUUGUUUGCACGCGGUCUGCACGCCAUGCGCACGCAAUGGAGAUGGGAGCAACUGGGACAUUGGCUUCGAUCCAAACGUCGCGACGCUACCUUGAUUCGAGCGGCUGGUGGCUCAUUGACUGGGUUCAACUUGGAUCGUUUUCGGUAA